UGCUUCCCUCCCAACAACAAUGUACUUGGUGCAGCGCUGGUCAAUGUCAGAGCCUGCCUGUUGGACAACACACGAAAACUUACUAAUAAUGCUAGGAAACUACCCGACUCUAGUCAUGACAAUGGGGAAUUCAUUGCUAGCAUCCGUGAAAAUGCUGCUUUCGUGAGGUGUUUCGUGCAUAAAGCCAGGAAAAAUCGCAAAACUGGAGUGCUGUUGUAGAAAGACAGGACGUGCUGUCUCACAGUCUGACACUGGGGCUGGAAAAGUAGAGCAACGAUGAAGUUCGCUCAGUUUUUACUGAAAAACGGCUCAGUGGCUGGGAUACCGAAACAUGUAGAGAGGUUCUCUAAGUUUUCUCCUUCUCCGUUGUCUAUGAAGCAGUUUAUUGACUUUGGUUCAGCCAAUGCAUGUGAGAAGACCUCCUUUGUGUUCCUGCGGCAGGAGCUUCCUGUCAGAUUGGCCAACAUCAUGAAGGAAAUUGACUUCCUCCCUGACAAGCUCCUCGGCACUCCAUCCCUAAAGCUCCUCAUCAGCUGGUAUUCACAGAGUUUGCUGGAGCUUGUUGAGUUUUUAGAGGAAGAUCCAUAUGAUAAGGAUGUCCUGUCAAACUUCACCAAAACUCUGGUAAAUGUCCGCAAUCGCCAUAACAACGUGGUGCCCACCAUGGCACAGGGGGUGGUGGAGUAUAAGGAGGCAUUCGGCGUGGACCCCGUCACCAACCAGAAUGUUCAGUACUUCCUGGACCGCUUCUACAUGAGCCGCAUCUCCACACGCAUGCUCAUGAACCAGCACACAUUAAUCUUCGAUGGCAGCGUGAACCCAGCCCAUCCCAAACAUAUUGGCAGCAUUGACCCCACCUGCGAUGUUUCAGAGGUAGUAAAAGAUGCCUACGAGACUGCCAAGAUGCUCUGUGAGCAGUAUUAUCUGACCUCUCCUGAAAUGGAAAUCACACAAGUAAACUCCAAGAACCCUGGUCAGCCACUCCACAUUGUGUACGUGCCAUCCCAUCUUUACCACAUGCUGUUCGAGCUUUUCAAGAACGCCAUGAGAGCUACAGUGGAAACUCACGAGAUGAGCCCAACCUUACCACCAAUCAAAGUACGCGUUGCCCUGGGAACCGAGGACCUCACCAUAAAGAUGUCCGACAGAGGAGGCGGAGUCCCGCUACGGAAGAUCGAGCGCCUCUUCAGCUACAUGUACUCCACAGCUCCCAAUCCGGUCCACGUGGACAAUGCCCGUAAUGCCCCUCUGGCUGGUUUUGGCUAUGGUCUGCCCAUUUCCCGUCUCUAUGCCAAGUAUUUCCAGGGAGACCUGCAGCUCUACUCCAUGGAGGGCUAUGGCACCUCAGCCGUCAUAUACUUGAAGGCCCUGUCCUCAGAGUCCGUGGAGCGACUUCCUGUUUUCAACAAGUCGGCCUUGAGGCAUUACCAGACCACUUCAGAGGCCGACGACUGGUGCAUGCCCAGCAAGGACCCAAAGAAACUGGGCAAGUAGGAGCAGCUCCUUCACUGAUGUACGGACUCUAGAAGGUAAUGAAGAGACGCUGUGAAGGAGCUGGAGGAAAUAAAGCCUCUGUUUCACUCAACCCAACACAGAAACCAGCAGGAUAAACUGAACUCGUACUACCUGGUGUGAUUUUACACCAGUCUCUGCAAUUUCACCAGAUACUCACCAAAUGUAAUUGUAUUAUGAGAUGAUUACAGGCUGCUAAUGGGAAUGGAGCAAUUCAUGCAUUAGGACUUCUGUAUGUAUCCGUAUGUUGCCUCACUCACUUAAUACACUCACGUUUUAGUUAACUGUCUAUAGUAACAUGGUUGUGAUAACACGCAUGCAAGCUAUUUUUAUUUUGUAUUUAAGUUUUUGCCUGGUUUUCCUGUAAAUUUCACAAUUGGGCUAACGGUCUGGGAUAAAUAACAGUGCAGGAUAAGACCAUUUUGCAUUAGAUUGGAUUAUUUACCUAUGCAAUGUAUCUGUAUAAAUGCCUCAAAAAGCUACACAAAUUUAACACAACACACCUUUGUUGUUGUAGUAACACCAGGCAGCAUUUCUACUGUACUGUAUUUCACACCUCCACAACAUUUCAAAUCAGUAUAGGAAGAGUAUGUGUUAUCUGAUGUAAAAUAAUGGAGUGAAUUAGCUGCGAUCAUGUUAACAGAAAAUCCGUUUUACCAUGUUUUUAGUACAAAAUGUGCCUGUAAUGAGAGUUUUAAUGAACUGCCUUAUCUUUGGUUUUAGCCUCCAGCUUGAACGAGCUGUGAGGAUUUUUAGAGCUAGACCGCCGUGGAUAUCACACAGUGCAUUUACAGAUGCAGACCUAGAAGACGGGGAUUUCAAUUAGGAAAAACAACAAAGUGCCUUUUCACGAGAAAGGGAGUUUGGUUAAAAUGUGAAAAACUGAUUAGUAGAGUAGUGAAUUUUGGGAUCGCUCAUUAGUUUGAACAAAUCCCAGGUUAUUCUUGACCUGAAAAGGAAGAUAAGUAGGCCAGAAAAUGAAGCUGUUUUUCUCAAAUGUAUGUUUUUAAUCAUUUUAUGAGAGUAAUAAGAACUGCACAAAGGAUCAGAAUGUACAGCAUUUACUCUACAGUGUGUUAAUGUCUGUGCAAAACUCACAUUGUACAGAAGGGAACAAUGUCCUACUGUCAGCCAUUACACUCAGAUUCAAUAAUAAGGUGUGUUUAUGUGAUAGAAGGGUACAGAGUAGAUGAGCGAAAUGUAGCAGACUCAUAUUAACAUGACACACGUUGUACUGU